AUGUCUCUCACAGCUCCACCUUCUCGACAUAAACCUACAAUGUCAUCCAUCUCCCAAGAUAAUCUUUAUUCUAAUCUCGCAACUUUCACUUUCGGUGAAGCUCGCUCAACUUCAUCAGGCGACGAGUCAUCAGACGCAAUCAGCCCACUCACUCCAAUAACACGCCCAGGCGCUGAUAGAACCCCUCGUCCAUCCGUUUCAACUUUUAGCAGUCAUCCUUCACAGGGUCUAGGACGCACAGUUUCAAGUACCUUUCCAUCAUCUUUACGCUCUUCAAGAUCAUACAGAACAGAACACACAGAUGAAGAAAGCAGUGAAGAUCCUUCAUCGCCCGAUCUCUACCCGAGACGCGGCUUCCAAAGAGGUCGUCUGAUCUCAGACAACGUCAGCCAGCACACAUUCGGUCAUCCAGCAGUACGCGGCUCAACCGCCUCAAUCACUUCCUCCCGUUCAAGCUCACGUCUAAGUCUUCGCUCAGACCUUCAGUUUAGCAGUGACGAGGAAGUAGAGAUCGCUUCAUACGACGGAGGCUCCUCACCUGUCACUUUCGCCCGUGACCUCGAUAACAUCGACGAGAAUGAGAAUAGCCCUGUCUUCCAUCCUCGUCCCCUCUUCGCGGAGCGCCGUCGUGGCAGCCUCCCAAUGGCAAUCCCAGGCGCCAUAUCAGAUGCAGUCAGCAAUCGCAGCCGUGAAGACAGCAUCCUUACCAUCCGUCGUCCAUCUCGCAGUCUCGACGACGAUCUCAUGCCUUUCCACAGCGAAGAAGAUCCAGCUGCUGUCGCACCACGCAGCGAACCCCUCACCCGCGCUGAUUUUCGUUCACUCGAGGCCCAGGCGCAACAGCAGCAGUCAGAACCAGAUACAUGGGAAUCCGGCUGGGAUCUGUCCUAUGUUCUCUCGAGAAAGAGUGAAGGAAGCAUUCAUUCCGUCCGAUCGACCGCUCAGCUCUCCUUUCUCGCUCCUGCACGGAACAGCACCAGCAUAGGCGAACCCUCCUCUCGUCUCUCCAACAUGUGGGGCAAUAGCGGACGCCGUACCAGCACCGGCACACUUCAAACCACCAAUAGUGGCGAAGAUACCUUUGCCAAGCACAUCGGCAUGUACGACACUCAAAACCAGUGGGCUUUUUGUAAGGAAAAAGCAGACGCUCAGACCGUCCCCACCAUACGCCGUCCGAAUGCCCAGGCAGGCGCCUUAGUAAUUAUGGACAAGGUAAAACAUACCAUGCACCCCGGCACACAAGAGAUAUGGAGGAGCGGGAACGUCGGUCGAUUUCGAGUCGACAGACUUGUCUUCAAACCAUCCACAGCAGACCCUGCCAAAGCCGCCCAACAACGCAUCAACAUUCGGCAUAUCCCCGAUCCCUUCAUCAAGGGUCCAAAGACAGGCGGUCCGAGCACCGUCAUCCACAAACAUUCUCGCGCAACUGCAUUCUCCAUAUUUCGCUCUUAUUCGCUUUUUACGUCUAAACGCGCUGGGCCUGGAUCUCGCAAUAUCCAUAUGCAUACAAGUGGGGGAAUCAUGCUCGCGCCGAAGAAAGUGCAAGAACAAUAUACGAGUACGAAAACGACAAGUAAACUCAUUACACAUGGGUUACUCGAGGAUAGAUCUCGCAAAGCCAUCGGCAACGGAAGCAGUGAUAAAUCACGUCGUGGUACUCUUCUUGAAAAGGAAAAACGGCGGGAGAAGGACAAAGAAGACGCAAAGAAAGCAAAGGGGAAAGCCAAGGAAAAGAAGAAAGAAUCGAAGAAGAAUAAUGACCGUGACCGCGCGAGUAAUCCGACAGAGAGUACGGAGUCGAGCGCAACGACGAGUAGUACGGGGAGCAUCUGCGCUUCUCCUGUGACAUCUGCCCCUGUGCGAGCUACGACGUCCAAGAUCAUGUUUGCGCCUUCGAUCGUGCCCCCUAGGUCCCCUACAAAGACUCAGUCUACGAGCGGGCCGUCAUCACCAGAUACCUCAUCAACAUUCGAUCACUCCUCCAAGAAACUCCUGCAGUCUGAAUCCUCGGCAAGCGUAGCGACCUCGCACAUCCGUGGCCAUCGGGACAGCAUCGACUCUGACGAACACCUUCCCACACGUACGCCGCACGCCGAAGCCUUCGGCACCCUCGACCCCAACGACAUCGAGCAUCUCCGGCGCGCCCAAAAGCCCACUGACGGCAGCAGCAGCUUCGCGAACCGCAUAUUCCGACGCUUCCGCGGUACUAACCGAGUAGACAACAUCACUCAACCAGUUGCAACACCCCAAAGCGCGUAUAGUCCUCCAUGGAUCGUCACCGCUGGCAGAGACCAGAAUGAGGAACAUGUACGUGUGCUCACGGAUCUGAAUAAUUCGUUUAGGGAUGUUGGGUUGUUGCAUACGCAACCGAGUCAUAAGACGGGGAAGAGUACGGGAACGGGAACAGGAACAGCGAAGAAGAAAGCGGUGACACACGAUAUUUUUGACUAUGUCCCAGAGGACUCGCUUUAUAUGCUUCUGCCACUUUGGGCAGGGGAGACAGAUCCGGGUGUUGGGGGUGGGAGCAUCAUGACGGGGAGUAGCGUGGUGGGGAUUGGCAGCAUCAGCGAUGGUAGCACCGCCUCCACCUCCACGACUGCAUCGGCCGCUACGACAGCCACAAGCGCCACACUCGUCACAAUCCCCGAAGACCGCCAAUUCCUCCUCGUUUGGUACGUCCCCUUCGAAGACAAGAACAAAAAUUCUCCCUCCUCUAAUUCCAACUCCAACUCCGCGUCCGCAUCUGCCAACAAGAAAAAAGUGAAACAAAUGCAUUCGACGAGCGACACUAACAUCGAAUCCAACCAAAAGAAUGUUUAUUUGAGAAAUUUUCGGGUUAAUGCGCGGUUGGUGGGGUAUGAUGAACUGAGGGGGACGGGGAUUAGGGUGCCUAGUGAUGGGUUGGCGAUUGCGGGGCCUACUUUGGAUGUUGGGGUACGGACUCGGGAGGAACCAGAAUCACAGCUGGGACUGGGUCAGACUCAACUCGGACCACAGUCGGAGACGUCGACAGCACUAGGACUGGGAAUCGAAACCGUCAUCUGCAUGUGCAGCUCGCGCGAAAACGGGUUUCAUUUCCAACCUGAAGGACUGAGCAGGCUUGGGUUGUGUCUCCAAGAAGAGGUGGCGCUGCCUGCUGCUAAUAACCCUCGGGCUGUUUAUCUGGAGAUUCCGACGUCGGAGAUGAGGCAUUUGUUGACGCCGGUUGGGAGGGCUGCUGUUGAGAUGGUUUGGUUGGGGUGUUUGGCUAUCACCAGUUUUGGGCCGUAUUGA